AUGCAUAACGCAUCCGAAACGGAAAUACCCAAAAGCAAUUUGAACAUUUUCGGAUCAUGUUACCCCAAAUAUGAAAAAGAAAACAGCAACGAUGAGGUAACUACAAGUGAGCAACCGGUGAAAGAGGAAAAUUUCACCAACGAGAAAAAUAACUCGAACCAUAAUGCCAGUAAUAGUAUGAGCGCCAGCACUAACAUCCCUAGCAGCAACAUUCUGAGCACCAACGUCCUUAAUAGCAGCAUCCUUAGUAGCAACAGCAAUAAAAUCGAAGGAGAACAUGAUCCGUUGAUGGAGAGUGAACAAAACUACGACUCAAAUAAGAGUCCAUACAAAUCGGCCAAAUUGUUUUACGACAAUAGUAUUCCGUUUGAAACGGGUACAAUAAGCAACAAAAGUUUAUUGGACAAAAAUUAUUUCUCUAUCGCACAAGCGUCCAUCUUCCCCAAGGAAGGUUUUCUAGGCGCCUCCCGAAAAAAUAGCUCCAUGAAUGCCAGGAGUGCCAAAAGUCGGAAGAGCAGUAAAAAUAAACAUAACUCGUAUGACAAGAAUUACUGCUCCGAGAAUAACAGUUACAUGAAUUGCCAGGGUAAAAUUUCGAAAUUCCUGGAACCUUUUCGAAGCGUGGAUGGUAGUAAUGAUUAUGACACCUUUGACAUAUUUGGCAUUAACAAACCCAGGUCCAGUCAGCGUCACACUUCUGUUGGCGCCGCUCGGAAAACGGAGAAAGGUACCCCCACCAAGGAGAAGGAUAAGAAAACAUCAGGAGUGGCACCAGCAACCACGGAAGAUGCACAGCACCAUCAGGAAAAGGAAGAUGAUUCACUGUCUAAUGGUUUAAAAGGGGAGGGGGAAGUUCAACACGAAAGUAAAGCGGGUAGUGGACAUCGUAAGGUUGAGUGUGAUCCGGUAUCCGACCCCUGUGCAGGCAGUAGAGGUGAGCACAUGGUUGAUCACGCUAGCAAUCACGCUAGUAAUCACGUUGGUGACUCCGUAGCAGAUGAAACGGGGGAUCACAGUGGCCAGUUAGACGAGGUAAACCAAAAGAACCCCACAGAAACACACACCGGGGAGAAAGACCCAUAUGACGAGAAAAAAUUUAGUUACGAUAAAUUUCGGCUGAAGAAUUUUUUCUCCAAAAUAUCAAAGUUCAUAACAAAUAGCAACGAAGAAGGAGGGGAAGGAGAAAAGUAUGAAUCAAAAGAAAUGGGAAAGGAAGAUGAUCACCUCAGUGUACCCUUUAGCAGAAGAUGUGGAGGUCUCCAUUCGUACAGUUCUUCAUACGAAUUGAAUGAAUAUUUCGAAAAUAAAGAAAGGAAAAGCGAAACAGAGAAUCUGAGGAAUUCUCUGGAAAGAUUUGACACGUGGGGACCUAUCCCACCCAGUGAGGAAAAAAACAAGUAUGAAAUGAACAACGAGAUUAGUAACAGGUGCAACCGAGGGGAGUCACACAAGAAUGAUGACGUGGGAACGUCCGAACUGGCAGACAGAUCAGAGACAAACGAACACGCAAAUGUACAGACGGAAAAUAGUGAAAAUCGCGCGGAAGAGAACAAAAGCGAUUAUAAUCCGGUCAAAUGUUAUCACCAUGUGAGGAACACCGACCAACAGAACGACGAUUCGCUUAGUGAUUUAGGCGGAAGGGAAAUAACGGAGGGGAAAUGCCAAGCUUGCGCAAACGGGGAGGAACAAUCCUACGUCAUGCACGUGGAUAAUCAACAAAUGGGCAGGGGUGAGGUCAAGGAAGGAGUGAACAAUGCCGCAAGCAGAAUGGGAUACCACAGGAGUGAAUAUCAAAAUAUUGGGCACAUGUCGCUUAGCGAUUUGAAACACUUCCGAAGUAUGAGUUGUUCAGGUGAACAGGAUGGAUUUGAGUUUUUUCGCAACAAAGAUAAUUUGCAUGAAUACUACUCCAUUCUUCAGAAACUUCCAAAGAGGGAGACCAAAAAGUCUGCCGCGCUGAGCAGUGCCCGUCUGAGUGAUGAAAACAACGACGGUGUAAACAGUCAGGGGAACGACCAGGGCAGUAUUGAUGCAAUUAAUUCUGACGAUGGUAGUGCAAACGAUGCCCAUGAGAAGGACGAAAAUGGAGAGGGCGAUGCUGAUCGGGGUGGCCGCUGUAGAACUAGCAAGAGAGCCCAGAACAGUGCGGAACGAACUAAAAGCAACUCCGACGUGGAAAGCUAUUUCGCUCAUAAUCCUGACGGGGUGAAGGAUGACACCUGGUUGAACAACAAUUGCUAUCCACAAUACUCAAAUAGUAAGUACGCAUACAGUAAAUCGAAACACAAAAGUAGUGCCUACAGUAGAGUGCGAAGCCAGAAGAGGAAUCUCUUCAACUAUUCCUUUACGAAUAGCAGUAUUUUCAACAAGGAUUCUACCAACGUUCAGAGGAGCGAUCAAGAAGACGAGGGUAAUGGUGCGAAUGUUGACGCAAACGUCGAAGCGGACGCUGAUGUGGAUGCCAAUGUUGACUCCUAUGCGGACUGUAGCGAGGAAUGUGGUGGGGAAGAUGCCCGAGGUGGGGACGUAACCACGUGCAUUAAACCGUUCGGGCGUGUGCAGGACAGCGACUCCGACCACAACAAUGUUAGCUCCAGCCCCACUGAAGACAUGAGAACGACAUUCAAUCCCUACGUUUUGGAACAUUCCUUUAAAAAAGAAGUGUACAAAAAGCAGUGUAGCGGUGUGUGCAAUGUUAAUAGCAACUAUGAAACUUUUGACAUUGGCAUUUUCGAUGGAGACAAAAAAAUGCUUAUUUACAGCAAGGAUAAAGUAAUACAGGACAAUAUGCCCGAUGAGGAAUGUGCGUUCUGUGCUUCUGAUGCACACAAGGGGGGGAAGGACAAAAGUGCACAGAGCUCGUGGACGAAGCGUGAGAGCGGGAGUGACGUGGAUGGUGGGCAAGUGGAGGAGCAUAUGCAUGAAGGGUACGACGAGGACAGACACCACGAUCACGACCAGGAAGACAGUCGUGAUGACAGGCAUGAUGACAUGCUGUUCACCGCGGACCCGUACGGCUGGACCAGGGGUGGAAAUAACGAAGCGCCCCCCGGGAAUAAAUAUAACCUUUUCAACAACUCGAACGCGUUUGAGUGCAACCAGGGGAUUUGUGAGGAGAGUUGCUUCCAGGAAAAUUGCUGCCUUGGUGAUACCUGUCAGAGGGGUAACUGCCAGAAUGACGGCUGUCGGGACGACUGCUGCAGAGGCAAUUGUGCCCCGGAUAAAUACCACAUGUGGUACAACGAGCAUGCGGUGACACGUAACUUCUCUGACGGAGGGAAGAAAAACGUCGAAAGGUAUGUGACAAAUGUACGCAGCGAUAAAAGAGCUACCUACAGUAAUCCAUUCAACUUGAAUAACACCAUUGCUUACAACCUGUACCACAGGGGCAGUAAAAAUUACUUCCCAAAAAAUCACUAUGAUGUUAUUGGAAAGGAGAACUGUGCAAAGCAUGUGGUGAAAAAUUAUUUCGACAUAAGAAUUAAGGAAGGCAGGAGUGAUGAGAACAAACCAGCAAUGUUAGCCGAACAGAAAAAAAGUCAUUCUAGGGGAACGUAUGUUUCCCUGCCCAACAGUAAUCUUAUGAAUGGACAAAAAUGCUCCUCCCCAAAUGACGUAUAUUAUUAUAGCAAUAAAAAAAAACCGGAAGGAAAUUUGUUUAUUACAGAUAUGUACGAAGAGGUUGAUUAUUGCAGCAGGGGAAUGGGAGAUGGUGGAGCAGUUAAUCACGUCGGGGGUGGGAUGGUUGGCCGCUUAGCCAUAGAUUCUGGGCCUGCAGGAGGAAUAACGUCAACAAUUAUGAGAGCAGCCUCAUCUUCCGCAGGAAAUGGAACGACGGGUGUAACACCAGGUGCCGCCAUGACGUUCUAUUCGUCCCCCGUGAAUGUAGAAGAUUGUUGGAUGAAGGGGCAAAAAAUGAGUGUAAGUAGUAGCAAAAUUGAAUUUGUUAGGAAGGUCGAUAUGAAUUAUAAAAGAAAAUUUAUCGACACCCCACCAACUAAUGAAUCAAAUAAAUAUACACAGUAUCAUGACAGCAACGGUUUAGGGCUGCCCAGUAGCAGUUAUUACCACGAUUCAUUUGCCAAGUGUAAUGGCUUGUAUGAUCAUUCCGCUGAUGGGAGAAGUUUGAAAAUGCCUUCCCAAACGAAUAACCUAAUGCCAGUUGAUCAGAAUGAUUUUUCAAAUAUACGCACAAAAAUACCCGCAGAAAAAACACACGCAAAUGUGUCCAGUUACGUUAUAGAUGUAGAAGAAUUGCAAGAAAAUAAAUAUCGAAUGUAUGAGCAAUUAAAUAUGAGCAAUGAAGACAGAACAAAUGUGAAUAAUUUUGUCGACCUGGACAACGUGCAGAGGAACAACUACGAUGUGUACAGACAAAGUGAUGCCAGUGGCGCCAACGUUGUUGAUUACGAUUGGAAGAAGGAAAAUUUUUUAAAAAAAAAAAGUGCACUGCUGAAUUUGUACAAUGACAUGGAGGAGGACACAACAGUGAAUCCGUUCUUCCCCUGUGAGAAAAAACGGGAUCAAAUGGUCGACCACAUCAUUGACGUGGAUAAGGUAUACGAAGAUGAUAAGUACAUGACGUUGCCUUACGAAAGUGCGAAGAGGAGGCAUAUGGGUACGACGAUGGAGGGGGCGAACGCAUUUAGGAGUGGUUCCAUGAAUGUGGCCCAAAUGGAAAGGAGGAGGGACGAGAGAAAGCUAAUUCCCAUGCGGGAAUGCAAAAGAGAACUCCUCCAACAACGUCAUCAACAUCAGGAGGAAAAACUGCUUCACAGCGGCAACUACAAAUUGACGAUGGGGAAAUAUAAUAAGAACCUUUUACUGAAUUCUCCCAUGGACAUGUCAUCUGUUAACAAUUACCCAAGUUCCAGGGAAUACAUCAUGAAUGCCAAGGGGGGAGGAGGAUAUCCUGUCGGGAAUUAUCCCCCGAACGGACAAAUGCUAAAUGGCAGUGGAACAAGCAAAAUGGGAAGAGACGGUGGAAGGAGAAGCCUUUUUUAUAACAAGUAUCCAUUCGGUAGAGGCUCACACGGUGACGAGUAUGAGAACGAAGUGGUGGGUACAUCUGGAGGGGGUGUAGUAAGUCGAAGAGGUGGUGACCACAGAUACGACAACGAGACUCACGAAUAUUACCUGGAUGAUCAUCAUGGGCGAAAUCAGUAUCGCUCAUAUUACAACGAUAACAGCAGGAAGACAAAGUUGAGUAAGCUUUGCCGAGACCAACGUCUCCUCUUCAGUAGACACAACAGUGCAGCUAUGUCGAGAAAGAUUCCACACGCAGGGAUGUUCCACAGAGGGGGAAAAAAAUCAUACCAAUUGGGAGAGGAUGAAGAAAGCGAUUAUUACAUGUACAAAAAAUACGGGUUUAAGAAGAAAAAAAAAAAAAAAAAAAAACACCACCUGCAUGGUCGAAGACGAGGCCGAGAUUAUUACAGUCACCACCGCAGCACGCUCAAUGAAGACACACUCUGCAACGAAAACGAGUUGCAAAAAAUAACGCAAAUUGAAAGUAUCAUUUCCAGAAAAAUGAAGUUAAGCAAAAUAAAAAGAGAAGCAGGAAACAAUAACCUGGCCAACCCCGACGAAGAGGAUGAAGAUAGUGACCUGUACAGUAACAUUGAUUUCGACCGGAUAAAAAUAGAGAAUAUUCUCGACGGAACGAUUAAGCUAGACAAUAAGGAUGAAAAUAUUAUAAAUAAUAUACUUGAAUUGGAGAGAAGAAAAUACACCAUUAAUUGUAUUAUGGAUAAACUGAGGAAGAGGGAGAAUGAGUACAAUUAUAUACCUGACAUGGACAGGGAUUUUAAACGCAGGAUUAAUUCUAACGUGUAUGACCUAUACUCGGACAAAACCACCUAUAACAUUUACAACACUAAAAUGUGCGUGAACUAUUUCCUUGAGGAAAAAAUGCACUCCCCAGAGAAUAAAGAAUUUAUAAAAAAUUUCUUCGUCGAAAAAUCCACGAAGAAUGUGUACUUCGUGCAGGUGUUUAAGAAGAAGAAAAGGAAAAAGGAAGGGGUCCCCGUGGGGAAGAACUGCCCAGGGGAGGAGAAGACUGGUGAAUUGGGCGAACAAGUUGGAAAUGCCGGAAGCAUGGCGGAAGAGGCGUCCAGUAGUAUUGUUCCCCCUGUACAGCUCUUGACACCUUAUACUGUUGCAGUAGGUGAGGAGUCCGCGGCGGCAAACGAGAAAAAAUACGUGGAGGAGGACACAGAGGGAAAGCUGGCACAGGUUGACAAGCUUGGCGGAACCGAUGGGGAAGUCCCUGGCGAAGCGUCUGCCCAAACCACGGACUUGGCCGAACCGGGAGAAGAGAAUGGAGGAGUAAGAGACCCCCCGAAAAGUGAACGCAAGAUGAAUUACUUUAACUACCAGCUGAGUUUCAUCAAGUGGAAGUUUUACGGGGCUGAUAAGGAAGAGAGCAAAAAGGAGGACGCGCAACAACAACUGGAAGAACAAGCUGAAUUGCUAACCCCAAUGCCAGCUCACCCCCCCAUGGAAAGUCGCGAAAACGAAAAGAUGGAAAUGGCCGAUGAGAGUUUCGAGUUUUCGAUGGGUAAAUUCGUCGGCAGGAAUGAACAAACUGAGGCAGAUAAAAUCGAAUCGGAGGAGAAGGAAGCCAACGUGGUGGCCAAAGAAGGGGCACGCCAAGAAUCCCUACAUGGGAAACUUCAGCAACACAUCUUCCAUACAGGAAGCGAAGAACCCUCCGCGGAAGAAAUACACCCCAUUUCUAGAGCACAAGUCCCAAAAAAUACACACCCCAACGAAGACGAAACGGAGGAUGACUUCGAGGAAGGAGACAACCUAAUCGACCAAAUGAUAGGAAUUAGCAAACACGACAGAGAUGAAGAGGAGGAAGAAAAAAAAAGGGAGACCGAAAAUAGCUUCGACAGCGUAAUAAAUGAAGAAAUGGUUGAAAAUGAGGAAAGCAAAUUUGAAAACUUCCCGUUGCAGCAACAGUUGUUUAGUGCAAUGAAAAUGAGCGAAGCGCAGAUCAUCAUGGGGGACGACGACGAGGAAGAUUUGGACGAGUAUGAUGACGAUGACAGUGAUGAGGAGGACGAAGAGGAAGAAGAAGAGUCGGAAGAUGAGGCGGAUGUGGAGGAGGAAGAGGAAGAAACGAUAGGGGACACCGCAGUGAGCGAAAACGGCACCGAUAAGGAGGAGAAUAACGAGGCAAAUGAAGUCAAUAACGUGAAUGACGUGAAUGACGUGAAUGACAUGAAUGACGUGAAGGAUGAGAACACCCCCGAGGGGGACAAAGUCGAACCGGUGAAGCAAGAAGCCCCAAGUGCGGAGGAAACAGAGAUAAGCGAAGCUGAUGCUGCCCAUGCGGGAAAACCCCCCUGCGAGGGAGGUGAAGUAAAGGUUAUGAAUGAAUGCAACGGAGAGAAGGAAGAAGAAGAAACUACCUCCCAAAAGAAGGAAGUAUUAAAUUUGCAGAAUGGCGAAACGACGACUCCCCAUUGCUCAGAUGAUGGUAAUGACACGAAAGCAGUCAGGGUGAGGAACGAAUCGAAUGAAAAUAUUAAAGAAGAAAGGAUUGGAAUAAUUGAAAAGGAACCUAACGAGGACAAGUCCUACUCCGACGUUAAAUUGAUGGAAAAGGAUAAAAAUGAGGAGGAAGAGGAAUUCGAAGAGGUCAUCGAGAAAAGAAGCUGCACCGAGUACAGAAGCAAACACAACAACAGCAGCAACAACAACAACGGUGAAAAUUACUCCCCCUGUGACCAGCGCGAUAACGCGAAAAAGGAAGACGAAAAUUAUGCACAGCAUAGCAAUCAUGGAAUGAUAAAUGAAAUUACCCUCAAGGAGGAAGAACGCGCAACUGGUGAACUCUACAGCUAUUUGGAGAAUGGCGAAAAGAAGGAAGUAGAGGAAGAAUCACCCGAGUAUGGACAAUUUAAAAAACAAAUCGCAAUGAUGGACGGUAGCAUGAACAAUAAAGAAAAGGAGGAUGAAAAAGAGGUCAAAGAAAAGAACGAACAGGAAGAACAACAAAAAGAUGAUAACAAUUUACCCGCGCAGAAAGAACAAUUAACGAACGGUACAAUCAGCGCAGAAAACUCAAACAACUCAUUUAGCAACAUGACUGGGAAAAACCUUUUCACUAAAGAUAUGGUACAUGAGAAUAAUCAGUACGUACACGAGUACUGCGAUAUUGAAGACAGUGUAAAAUAUGAAAUGAUGGAUGAAGCUAAAAAAAACCGAAUUGACAAAAUAAAAAAAAAAAUAAAAAAAAAUAAAAAACUAACCAAGGAAGAUUAUAAAUUAUUAUCCGAGUUGCUACAUCAUAAAUUUGUACUCAACGAAAUUAGAACGGUAGGUAAUUACGAAGUGAAUUACAAAAACUGUUUUGACAUACUCGAGUUGGAGGAAUAUAAGCUCAGGAAGGACAUGCUAAAGAUGCACUGCGAAUGCCUGUCCAUAGGGCUAACGACCCAUGAAAGGGAAUUUCUUAACGAGUUCAAGCUGUUCAUGCCUGAUAUUAACAUUAUGGACGACAUGAACAUUCUGUAUAUUUUGCGACAUUCCAAGAAUGAGAAGAAUUGCGUGUUCAAGUGUUUACUGGGCGAGAAGGAGAGCUCGUAA